GUCUCGGCGGCUAGUUGGUCUGGGAGAAAGGGAUCUCGCGAGUGUUGGAGUUUUGGUGAGAGUUUGUGGAAGAUGGCGCCUGUUGUGACAGGGAAGUUUGGGGAGCACCCUCAACCGCAGCGCCUGACAAGAGAAGCGAUGCGGAACUACCUGAAGGAGAGGGGAGACCAAACAGUCCUGAUCCUGCACGCCAAAGUGGCCCAGAAGUCCUACGGAAAUGAAAAGAGGUUCUUCUGCCCUCCUCCGUGUGUGUACCUGAUGGGCAGCGGCUGGAAGAAAAAGAAAGAGCAGAUGGAGAGAGAGGGCUGCUCUGAGCAGGAGUCCCAGCCCUGCGCCUUCAUCGGCAUCGGCAACAGUGACCAGGAGAUGCAGCAGCUCAACCUGGAGGGAAAAAACUAUUGCACGGCGAAGACGUUGUACAUAUCCGACUCGGACAAGAGAAAGCACUUCAUGCUGUCGGUCAAGAUGUUCUACGGCAACAGCGCCGACAUCGGCGUCUUCCUCAGCAGGAGGAUCAAAGUCAUCUCCAAACCUUCCAAAAAGAAGCAGUCGCUCAAGAACGCAGACCGUGGUGACAUUGGCAUUGUAACUCAGAGGUUUACUGAAGUGUGUAUAGCGUCGGGCACUAAGGUGGCCUUGUUUAACAGGCUGCGGUCACAGACGGUCAGUACGCGCUACCUCCACGUGGAGGGGGGGAACUUCCACGCCAGCUCACAGCAGUGGGGCGCCUUCUACAUCCACCUCCUGGAUGAUGAGGAGUCCGAGGGGGAGGAGUUCACAGUGCGGGACGGUUACAUCCACUACGGCCAGACGGUCAAACUCGUCUGCUCGGUCACAGGAAUGGCACUGCCACGACUGAUCAUCCGUAAGGUGGAUAAGCAGACGGCCCUGCUGGACGCAGAUGACCCCGUCUCUCAGCUCCAUAAGUGUGCCUUCUAUCUGAAGGACACGGAGCGCAUGUACUUGUGCCUUUCCCAAGAGAGGAUCAUUCAAUUCCAAGCCACUCCAUGCCCAAAAGAACCAAACAAGGAGAUGAUAAACGAUGGCGCCUCCUGGACAAUCAUCAGCACGGACAAGGCAGAGUACACCUUCUACGAGGGCAUGGGCCCUGUCCACUCACCGGUCACACCUGUGCCUGUGGUAGAGAGCUUACAGCUGAACGGAGGUGGUGAUGUGGCCAUGCUGGAGCUCACAGGGCAGAAUUUCACUCCUAACCUGAGGGUGUGGUUCGGCGAUGUGGAAGCAGAGACAAUGUACAGGUGUGCGGAGAGCAUGCUGUGCGUGGUGCCCGACAUCUCGGCCUUCCGGGAGGGCUGGCGCUGGGUGCGGCAGCCGGUGCAGGUGCCCGUGACGCUGGUGCGCAACGACGGCAUCAUCUACUCCACCACGCUCACCUUCACCUACACGCCGGAGCCGGGGCCGCGGCCCCACUGCAGCGCGGCCGGCGCCAUCCUGCGCUCCGGCGGCAACAGCAGCCUGCUCUCGGGCGCCAGCACGCCCAACAGCACGGGCCCCAACAGCGGCGGAGGGCCCGACACGGGGCCCUACGGGUCCGGAGCCAGCGGAGGGGUACCAGCGUCGGCAUCGUCCGCGGCGGCCGUGGUGUCCUAACACACACACACGCACACGCACACACACGCACGCACACGCUGAGAGUGAAAGAGUGUGGUGGUGGUGGUGGUGGUGGUGGCGGCGG